AUGGACAUAAACAGCCAGAAUGGCAGACACAGCUCCGAGAAUCAGGGAUAUCAAGGCAACUACGGGCCACCGGCGAAUCGAGCCAGACCUCCACCGCCUAGAGGGCAGCUUCCGCCUAGAGGGCAGUCUCGAGGAUAUCCACCCAAUGGGCAAGGUAUUCCGACCGCCGACAGCAAGGUCCCGCCCAGGGAGACUAUAAUCCUGCGCCGAAUCCUCGACCGCAAGAUCGUGGCUAUGGAAGCUAUAGCAACGCUCCAAAUCCUCGGCAAGAUCCUCGGCAAGAUCCUCGACAAGAUCCUCGACAAGAUCCUCGACAACAAGAUCAUGGCUAUAAUCAGCCGCAGCAUGACACUGCCAUUCCGGGACCAAGGCCGAGAUAUCCAGGCAUCUCACCAACGAGCCGAAACGUUGCCCUACAAUGGACCCGCAGGCCGGGCCAUACCGCAACGACCAGCAACGACGACGGGAACGAGACCGACACCGCAACGCACAUAUCCGCAGCAGCAGCAGGCUCUGCCGUCCAAUGCACCGUAUGGAGGGGGCUACGAGGCAGACGUAGUUGACGACUACUACAAUCCGCGACACAGUGACCCGAAUCAAAAUGCCAAUGUGCAGUAUAUGGGUGCAGCUGGCCAGAAUGUUGCUAGGGGCUCAUAUGAUCAGCCCAGAGCGCCACAACAGGAGCAGCCGCAUCGAGGGCCGCACCAUACGCCACAAUUGAGCCACGCCAAGUCCAUGGCAGAGAUGCGCGAGCCACAGUCGGCUGUCUUUGAAAUGGCUGGCGAUAUCCCGUCAAUGCCACCCAUGCCUUCUCACAAUGGAUAUGAUCAAAGCGGCGGCCAAGGCCAUGGCCAAAGAAAUGCUCAGGGCUACGACCAAAGACAUGAGCAAAGACAUGACCAGGUCUACGGCCAAGGAUACGACCAGGGAUACGGCCAGGGUCAUGAUCAAAGUUAUGAUCAGAAAUACGAUCAGGGUUAUGAUCAGAGUUACGAUCAAGGUUACCAUCACGGAUAUGGCCAGGCGAUUACCUACGACGAGGCUCCUCCGAGAGGACCCAGUGCGCCACCAGCGCCUGGCCGCUCGUAUCCGCCAGACUCGAGACCCGUUGCUGGCGCGCCACCAAUGCCACCGAUGCCACAGAAUGCGAAUCCCGACGGUCUGCCAUCGCACCCGCCUCCAGUUCGGCCCGGACAGAUGCCCAAUUCACUCGUCAACCCCAGUGGCAAGCCGCCUCCUGUGCGCAAUUACGGAGGUGUGUCUCGACCACCUCCGCAGCAACAAUUUGCCCAGCCGCAGAUGCCUCAGCAACAGCGGCAAUAUGCUCCACCACCUAUCCCGAGCUCUGCAUCUGUGGACAUGGCGCAAGACAGGGAGCCCGAAAAUCCUGUAACGACGCAGGAGCUGGAGCAGCUCAGAGUUGUCAUCAGGUCCAACCCCGCAGAUCAUCAAUCUGCAUUGAAACUAGCUAAUCGCUUGAUUGAGGCUGCCGAGACUCUCAUCCCGCAGGCUGCGGAUCCUCGCGCGCGCGCCAAAGCCAAAGAUAGGUAUUUGAUGGAUGCGCACAAGAUUCUGAAGAAGCUGGCCAGCAAUCAGAAUGUAGAAGCAAUGUUUACACUGGCGGACGGUCUUGGCAAAGGUCUUUUUAGUGGCGAGCCCGACACAAAGGAGGCAUUCACGCUGUAUCAGUCGGCGGCUAAGCUUGGGCAUGCUGCGGCUGCUUAUCGCGUGGCAGUCUGCUGCGAGAUUGGCCACGAAGAAGGGGGCGGCACACGACGGGAUGCGCUCAAGGCGAUGCAAUGGUACCAACGGGCGGCGAAGCUGGGCUAUCCGCCAGCCAUGUACAAGGUGGGCAUGGUGCUGCUCAAGGGGCUCCUUGGGCAAGACAGGAACCCCCGAGAGGCCGUCUCAUGGCUGAAGCGCGCCGCUGAGAGGGCAGACGAAGACAAUCCGCAUGCGCUUCACGAGCUCGGGUUGCUGUACGAAUCAGCGCAACCAAACGACCACAUUGUGCGGGACGAGGGGUAUGCGUUCAGCCUGUUCAAGCAGGCAGCUGGACUUGGAUACAAGUUUUCGCAAUUUCGUCUGGCAUGUGCGUACGAAUACGGACUACUUGGGUGCCCUGUCGAUCCCCGACUGUCAAUUGUGUGGUACUCACGAGCUGCCAUGCAAGAGGAGCAUCAGUCUGAGCUUGCGCUGAGCGGAUGGUAUCUCACAGGAAGCGACGGAGUCAUAAACCAGAGCGAUACCGAGGCCUAUCUGUGGGCGCGCAAGGCGGCCACAGCGGGUAUGGCCAAGGCAGAAUUUGCUAUGGGAUACUUUACCGAGGUGGGCAUUGGCAUCGCGGCAAACCUGGAAGACGCUAAGAGAUGGUAUUGGCGAGCUGCGGCUCAGGACUUUCCUAAGGCGAGAGAGAGACUCGAAGAAUUGAAGAGGGUAGGCAAAACAGGACCACCGCGACCUAGAGAACGCAUUUCACGAAGCCGGAUUGAGAAGCAGGAAGGAGACUGCACGAUAAUGUAA